AUGUUAGCUAGAGCAUCACGUUUUAGUCGCUCUACUAUUGCUGGACGUCGUUUGUUUACCACAGCAUCUCCUGUUCCAACUUUCCAGACAUCAGUUCUUCCCAAUGGUUUAACAGUAGCAAGUGAAUCCAUGCCAGGAACUAGAACCGCCACCGUAGGCGUGUGGAUCAAUGCUGGUUCGAGAGCCGACAACCCUGCCAGUAGUGGCACUGCACAUUUCUUGGAACAUUUGGCUUUUAAGGGAACCAACAAGAGAUCGCAGUUGAACUUAGAAUUGGAAAUAGAGAACAUCGGCUCUCAAAUCAAUGCUUACACCUCAAGAGAGAACACAGUUUAUUAUACAAAAUGUUUGGAGACUGAUAUCAACCAGAACAUCGACAUUUUGAGCGAUUUAUUGACGAAGUCAAAGUUAGAAGAAAGGGCCAUCGAGAAUGAAAGACAUGUCAUCUUGCAAGAAAGUGACGAAGUCGACAAGAUGUACGAUGAAGUGGUGUUUGACCAUUUGCACGCAGUUGCUUUCAAGAGUCAAGACUUGGGCAGAACAAUUUUGGGCCCCAGAGAGCUCAUAAAGACCAUACAACGAGAUGAUCUUGUAAACUACAUCACUACUAACUAUAAGGGAGACAGAAUGGCACUUAUAGGUGUAGGCUGUGUCAACCACGAGGACUUGGUCAAACAGGCACAAAAGUACUUUGGAGACAUCAAGAAGAGUGAAAAGCCCUUUAAACAAAGUGGAGGUGAUUUGCCAGUCUUCUAUGGUGAUGAAAUCAGAAUCCAAGACGAUUCUUUGCCAACGACACAUGUUGCCUUAGCUGUAGAAGGUGUAAGCUGGUCAGCGCCAGACUUCUUUACGGCAUCUGUUGCCAACGGUAUAAUAGGAACGUGGGAUAGAUCUAUCGGUGUUGGAUCCAACUCUCCUUCCCCUCUAGCCGUAACAGCUGCUAUUGGUGGCGCUGGAAACACCCCUAUUGCCAACUCGUACAUGGCGUACACUACAUCGUAUGCCGAUACCGGGUUGAUGGGUGUGUAUUUUACCGCCGAUAAAGAUGCUAACUUGAAGUUGUUUAUAGAUGCGGUUAUGAAAGAAUGGGCUAGAUUGAAGUCUGGUGACAUUACUGUGGAAGAAGUGGAGAGAUCGAAGGCACAAUUAAAGGCUUCCUUGGUUUUAGCAUUAGACGACUCUACGGCUAUAGCUGAAGAUAUUGGAAGACAAUUAGUCAAUACAGGAUUCCGUUUGUCUCCUGAAGAGGUCUUUGAGAGAGUUGAGGCUAUCACUAAGAAGGACGUCAUCGACUGGGCUAAUUACAGAUUGAAGGAUAAGCCCAUAGCCUUAUCUGCCGUAGGUAACGUCAAGACACUUCCUUCUCACCAAUAUCUCACUAAGGGUAUGUCCUUGUGA